CCAUGGGCCAUGGAUAAUCAUGGAUUAAACUUAAUAUUUACAUAAACAAAUACAAGAAUUAACACUAUUUAGGUUUAUUAAAGUACUUUAAAUCUAUUUGCAAUACCUUAAAUAAGCCAAAGGUGUACAUAAUUUUUUCAUGAUAAAUGUAACAACUACAUUAUUUUGGUUACACAGUUGUAGUAUUAAUACACAUUAGUAAAAUUACAAAUAAACAAUAACCUCAUAAUAUUGAGCUAUGUAUUUCGCGUCGUUUUUAAAGAAAACCUUUACCCAUUCAGUAGCAAAAUUCUAUUGUGCUAAAAGAAUGACACCAUCUUUUAACCCACUAAUGUUCAAUAGCUACCGAAGAUUUUACUCAGCAGGCGAGGAUGAAUUAGAAACAUCAAUUAAUACUAUUUGUAAAGGCAAUGCAGAACUCGAAAAAAAGUUGAGGAUUUUGAUGUUGGAAGUUGAAGUAAUGCGGCAGGAUGGUAGAUGUGCCCCUAAUUCAAUGAAUACUACUCAGUGGAAACAUUUGCUAGAUUUAAGUAGUAGAAACCAAAGAACAAAUUAUUUAACCUUUCUUUGGAAAAAUGAAAAAUCUAGGGAAAAUCAAAAGAUAAAAAAAGAAACUAGAAGAAAACAAUUUGCUGAUGGGGUCCCAGACCAAGAAAAAGAGUAUCCUGAUGAUCUCCUGUAUGGUAUUAGAUAUCAGUCACUAUUUUUACGAAUUCGAGAUCAAUCAAUAAACAACUUUGAUAAUUAUAGAGCUCUUUUAGCAAUGAUGCACAGUCAGUCACUGGUCAUUGACUGUUCUUAUGAAGAACACAUGGUUUGGAGAGAAACUUUAAAUGCUGCAAAGCAAAUGACAUUAGUAUUUGGAGACAACAGACUUCAUAAAGAACCAUUCAAUAUUCACCUGUGUAAUGUAAACAAUGAUAGUGAAUUCCUGAAACAACUUAAAAAAAAUAUUCCAUGCAUGGAAGAACCUUGGUUCCCAAUGAAUAUUCAUACUGAAAGCUAUUUAGAUAUUUUUCCAAGAGAAAAGUUAGUUUACCUUACUCCUCAUUGUCGCAAUGAAUUGACCAGAUUUGAUCCUGAUGCUAUUUAUAUAAUUGGUUGCAUGGUUGAUAAGACAAAUAAUGAACCAAUUUCACUAGCUAAAGCAAAGAAAGAUAAUAUUACAAUGGCAAAGCUACCUUUGGACAGGUAUUUGGAAUGGGCUCCUGGAUCAAAGAAAAACCUGAACAUUAAUCACAUGAUUCCAAUAUUACUUGAUCUGAAGUUGACAGGCGAUUGGGAAUAUGCACUACGACACAUUCCUAAAAGAAAAUUAAUGGAAACCAAAAUUUUAGCAAUGCAAAAAAGGAUAAAGAAUAACCCUCAAUUGAAAAAUGAUGUAUUGAAAAAUUUAAGAAAGAAUAAUUUUAAAUUGAGCUCUGUAAAUUCUUUACCAAACCUAAAGAAAACAAAUCUAAGACGCUCGUUGUAUGAUGAUUUGGAAUAAAAAAAUAUGUAUUUAAAAACA